AUAAACAGGCCUCCACCAGUGGAAAAACAUUUAACCCCUGUGCUUGCCACACUCUGAGUCUUCUCAGUAGCCAGAGAACAGAGAGAAAAUCUAUCCGUGCAUGAGCAAGCAGUGAAACCAAAGAGCACAGCGCCAACCUGAAGGCACCUCUUCAGGGGGGGACCAAAAAUCUGAAGAUUCCCUUUCCUGCCGGAAACUCCAAAGGAGAUACAUAGGUUAAAAAAAUUAUCCACGAUGACUGUGACUUACUCCAGUAAAGUAGCAAAUGCAACUUUUUUUGGAUUUCAUAGGUUACUCUUCAAGUGGAGAGGCAGCAUCUACAAACUCCUGUACAGGGAAUUCAUUGUUUUUGCUGUUCUUUACACAGCAAUAAGUCUGGUGUACAGAUUGUUACUUACAGGAGCCCAAAAACGUUACUUUGAAAAAUUAUCAAUUUACUGUGACAGAUAUGCUGAACAAAUUCCAGUAACCUUUGUGCUUGGGUUUUACGUGACCCUGGUGGUGAACCGAUGGUGGAACCAGUUCGUGAACCUGCCGUGGCCGGACCGGCUGAUGUUCCUCAUCUCCAGCAGCGUGCAGGGCGGCGACGAGCACGGGCGCAUGCUCAGACGCACGCUGAUGCGCUACGUCAACCUCACGUCGCUGCUCAUCUUCCGCUCCGUCAGCACCGCCGUCUACAAGCGGUUUCCCACCAUGGACCACGUGGUGGAAGCAGGUUUUAUGACAGCAGAUGAAAGGAAGUUAUUCAACCACCUCAAAUCUCCUCAUCUGAAAUAUUGGGUUCCAUUUGUUUGGUUUGGAAAUCUUGCAACUAAAGCCCGGAAUGAAGGUAGAAUCCGAGACAGUGUUGAUCUGCAAUCAUUGAUGACUGAGAUGAACCGGUUCCGCUCCUGGUGCAGCCUCCUGUUUGGCUAUGACUGGGUGGGGAUCCCGCUGGUUUACACGCAGGUGGUCACUCUGGCCGUCUAUGCCUUCUUCUUCACGUGCCUGAUCGGACGCCAGUUUCUGGAUCCCAGCAGAGGCUACGCAGGGCACGACUUGGACCUCUACGUCCCGAUCUUCACUCUGCUGCAGUUCUUCUUCUAUGCCGGAUGGCUCAAGGUAGCUGAGCAACUCAUCAAUCCUUUUGGAGAAGAUGAUGAUGAUUUUGAAACUAACUGGUGCAUUGAUAGAAAUUUGCAGGUCUCUCUUUUAGCUGUGGAUGAAAUGCACAUGAGCCUACCCAAGAUGAAGAAGGACAUUUACUGGGACGACUCUGCUGCCCGCCCACCAUACACGCUGGCGGCUGCUGACUACUGCAUACCCUCAUUUCUGGGAUCAACGGUCCAAAUGGGGCUGUCUGAGUCCGACACCCCCGACGAGCAGUGGCUGUGGGACCUGGAGAGGCCGGGCCACCGGAACUCAGUGAUCGGCAGGGUGAAGCGGUUCCUGAGCGCCCACGAUCACCCGACCAGCGCCCAGCGGAGGAGCUUCGUGAGGCAGAGCAGUGACAGCUCCGCGUUCCUCCCCCGAGGCGACCUGAGCCCCACCAGGGAUCUGCUGGGGGUGCCCACGGGGAGCCCUGGCAGGGCCUGGCCGGGGCAGAGGUGGCCACACUUGGGGGAGGUGAGCCCCACGACGCACGCCAGCAUGGGCGAGCUGUCCACCAUCCGCGAGGCCAGCCGGACCAGCACGUUGCAGAGCCUGACCCCGCAGCCCAGCGUGAGGCCCUCCCCCACCAAGAUGCCACAGGUCCCCGAGGUGCUGAUCACAGUGGCCCGAGCUCCAGAGCCCACGCCGGAGGGCGGCCCCCUCAGCUCGGCGACCUCCAUCGAGAGCUCUGAGUUCACCGGGGUUCAGCCCAGCGGGCCUGGGCGGUGGGAGGGCCCAGGGGAAUCGCUUUUAUCCCCCUCAGAGAAUGGGACCCCUUCUAGGUGCCCCAACCCCCAGACCAUUUCAGCCAACGCUGAGAGACAGGGAUUCAAGCACGCAGAUGGCCCUGGGGGUGGGGACAGGUCUCCAAAACGGUGGAGCCUCCCGGAGCUCCCAGCGUCCGGCCCCACCUCCCUGGGAACCCCAAGUCCGGAAGCCCCCAGAGCUAGGCCCACCCUUCUAGUGGACACGGACACAUCCUCAGAGGCCAGCGGGAUCAGCUUUGUGGCCGGCCCCCCAGUCUCCCCCGACCUGCUGUAUUUAGUGGAAACCCCAGACACCCAGGAGACAGACAUCAUCGAGCUGGGCAGCCCACCUGCCCAGGACCCCCCGGGAGCAGCGCCACGGACUCCCAGGACCUGGUUCUAG